AGGACCAUUCGGUACGUCGCGGAAGAAUGCGUAGCCAUUGUUGGUGCUGCGAUCGUUAGUUUCUAGAUCCGAGAUCGUCAUGGGCACGGAAAGCCAUCCAAUUGCACGAGACUCCAGGAAAAUGUCGGUGGAGCUCGGUACGAGGCACUGAUACGAUAUUAGUGCAAGAGAUCGACGUCCGCAGUCGUAAGUGAACAGCUAGUUGGACUGGUCGCGUCCGCGUUCGUCGCGUAUGCGAACCGAGCGCUCGCACGAGUGAGAGUGAGUGAGUGAGUGAUACGGUGGGGCACACUCGGCGGCGGCCAUAACACCGACCAACCAAACUAGCAAGCAGGGAGAAAGCGUAGUGCGAGUUGAGUGUUCAAGACGUAGUGGUAGUGUUUUUCGAUAGAAUUCCUGUGGAAAGUGGACUUCCAUUGAUGAGAUGUUGCUAAUGUCGCGAGUCUUGGCUGGAGGUACGGAGUCUCACAGCAGUGUACAGGGCUGACAUUCAAAGUACUACCAUUUGGUAGGCUUGAGUAGUGUUAUGCCUCCACGGCACCAAUCUCCCUGGUUGCAGCGCAAUCAUCUUGGCAAGCUAUUAGUGAGCUACCAUGCUCGAUUCAGAAUAUAUCCUUGCCAUCUCAAUUGUUGAUGAAGCCUCAUAGCGUCAAGCAUCAACGUAAGGCAGUACCCUGCUGCGUAGCAUUUAUGUACCAUAUAUGUCGGAAAGAAGUGAGGCCAAAAUGCAGCAGGUGGACACUAUCUCACAAAAUAAUUCGUUAGAUGUGGAGGAGCGAGAAAGGCUGUGUAAUAUACCGAAGACAAGUGCACCUGGUAAGACAUCGACUACACCAGCGGCUCCUCCAAAGGAACCACCACCACGUGAUGAACCACCCGUGGAACCAGUCAAUGGUGUAGUCCAACCACCUGUUGUGCCACCACCUAAUCGCCCAGGGCGUGUUACCAAUCAACUACAAUUUCUCCAAAAAGGUGUGCUCAAACCAGUAUGGAAGCAUCAAUUCGCGUGGCCUUUUCAACAACCUGUAGAUGCCAAGAAACUCAAUUUACCAGAUUACCACAAAAUUAUAAAACAACCAAUGGAUUUGGGCACAAUCAAAAAAAGAUUAGAAAAUACUUAUUAUUGGAGUGGGAAAGAAUGUAUUCAAGAUUUCAAUACAAUGUUCACCAAUUGCUACGUUUACAACAAACCUGGGGAAGAUGUAGUGGUUAUGGCACAAGCUCUCGAGAAAUUAUUUCUUACAAAGGUUGCACAAAUGCCAAAGGACGAGGUAGAACUCGAAGUUCCUGUUCCAAAGGGACCCAAAGGCAAAAAAGCUGGCAGAGUCGGAGCACCAGUAAGUGGAGUAGCAGGGGGUGCAGGAGGUACAGGUCGAGGUCGACCUUCAUCUGGUGCAGCUGCAGUUACUUCGAGCGUACCAAAUAGCCUAACGCCUUCAGCUACGUCUGCUGGAACGACAGGCGUUAUCCCUAUGCCUCCACUUGGCACACAAGCACCUGCGUCUGUACCUGGGAGCACAAAUACGACUACUAUUGCUCCUCCAUCAAGUAUGGGUGUCACUCCCAUGGCUACUCACAAUUCUCUGCCUCAACAAGUGGUCCCUCCAACUAGCGGUUACCAUGCACAACCAGCAAUGGACCCGCAAGCAGCCUCUGCUGUACCCCCUCCUCCACAGGUACCCACUGCACCCACAGUUAUGCCUCCGUCGCAACCUGCGAAGCUCAAAAAGGGUGUGAAGAGAAAGGCUGAUACUACGACACCUACCGCAAAUUCUUUUGAACCGUUAUAUAAACUGGAUCCUAAAAAUGCCAAAAUACCUACAAGACGAGAAUCUGGCAGACAAAUAAAAAAGCCAACGAGGCAAGCGGAAGACGGCUUAGUGCCAUUCCAGGCCAACAUGCCCCUGAUUGGGGCAAUGGCCCAACAGCCUCAACAUACCACUGGAAAGUCGAAGGAAAAACUUUCUGAAGCUUUGAAAUUUUGUAAUGAAAUUUUAAAAGAAUUGUUCUCAAAGAAACAUUCGGGUUAUGCGUGGCCCUUCUACAAACCAGUAGAUGCGGAAUUAUUAGGUCUACAUGACUAUCAUGAUAUAAUAAAGAAACCAAUGGAUCUUGGUACCGUGAAGACAAAAAUGGAUAAUCGAGAGUAUAAAACUGCACAAGAGUUUGCGAGUGAUGUACGACUUAUAUUUACGAAUUGUUACAAAUAUAAUCCUCCUGAUCAUGAUGUUGUUGCAAUGGCUAGAAAACUUCAGGAUGUUUUCGAAAUGAGAUAUGCGAAAAUUCCUGAUGAACCCAUGGGAGGCAUGGUAGGUAUGAAAGGUAGCAGUAGUAGUGCUAGCAGUUCGGGAUCUGAAAGUUCUUCGGAGAGCGAUGAUUCAGAAGAGGAACGCACCCAAAAAUUGGUUGCUUUGCAGCAAGAGCUUAAAGCUAUGCAGGAACAAAUGAGGAAACUAGUAGAAGAAAGUGGUAAAAAGAAAAGUAAAAAGAAGAAACCUGAUAAGUCGAAAUCAAGGCCAAUGAGCAAUAAGAGUAGUAGCCUUGUUGCCAGUCAUACUGGUGCCAUGAAAGAACUGAUGAAACCAAGUGGUGGAAUUCCAAACGUCUCUGACAGUGUUGGUGCUAGUAUAGCUAGUGUUGCAAUGGGGGCAGGUGAUUUGAAAAUGCCUGGUGGUAUGGGUGGUGAUCUUCAUCACCCAGCUAUAACAGUAGGACCUAAUAAAACUCAUGCAGCAGGAGGCAUGAGUCAUCAUUUGCCAACGGCGGCGAAUCCUAAACAAAAAGGAAAAGGAAGAGGACCUGGAAAAGCUGCAGCAGCAAAUACCGCAAAUAAAAGGCCAAAAGCGAACAGUAGAUCAGCUGGAACUAAGAAAAAAAGUGCCAGUAGUCAACCUCCUCCUACUACAUUUGAUUCGGAGGACGAAGACAAUGCUAAACCAAUGUCUUAUGACGAGAAGAGGCAACUUAGCUUGGAUAUUAAUAAAUUGCCUGGAGAUAAAUUAGGACGAGUCGUACACAUAAUACAAUCUCGAGAACCUUCAUUGAGGGACUCAAAUCCAGAUGAGAUAGAAAUUGACUUCGAAACGCUAAAACCAUCCACAUUGAGGGAAUUGGAAAGCUAUGUCGCCUCAUGUCUCAGAAAAAAGCCACAUAAAAAAGUUAGUGGUAAAUCCAAGGACGAACAAAUGGCGGAGAAGAAGCAGGAGCUAGAGAAAAGGUUACAAGAUGUUACGGGGCAGUUAGGCAAUGUUAAAAAAACUGCUAAGAAAGAAGACAGUAGUAAGUCGGUUGACGUAGUUGGAACUGGAGGAGCCAGUGGGCCUUCGCGAUUGUCGGCAUCAAGCAGUAGUAGCAGUGACAGCGACUCCAGCAGUAGUUCACUUUCUUCGAGCUCCAGUGAUUCAAGCGACAGUGAAGCAGGAAACUCUUCCAAUCGUCCCCCAAGAAAGAAAGCAAAGAAGAAUACACCAAGUACAGGACAACCAUCAACAACAACUUCUACCGCACCGGCAACUACAUUGAAUCACAGUGGAGGUCUUUUAAUGAACAAUCAACCCCCAACAAAUUCCACGGGACCAAUAACAAAAACAGCUGUAACUCAACCUAGUAAUAUAUCUUCAGAACAAGGUGGUAAUAAUCAACAGUCUGUGGCAGUAGCAGCUGUUACAGCUGGUCAAGGAAUGCCUGUAGCAAGUCACACGUCUAUGCCAGCGCAACCAUCGCGACCUACGGCUAUGGCUACAGCAGCACCUGUAAAGAAGCCAACUCCUCCACCACCAACUACUUCCAAUCCAUCAACUCCAUCAGUUUCUGUACCAACUCCACCUCCAAGUGUUACACCGACAAACACAAAUUCUAUGGUACCUUCACCGGUUGUGCCUCAGCCACCACAGCCACCCACAUCUGUUAGUUCCUUUUCAAAUGCAAACACGCCUGUACCGGCAGAUGGGACAGCUUUAACACAGCAGUCAGAUCUUUUGCAAUCAUAUAAUACUCUAGCUCCUGUGCCUACGACGCAAACAUCAUUGGAACAAACAUUGUCAAUAAAAAAAGAACCGCACAUACCAAUGAUUCAAGCGCCACACACAACAACCAAUAACAGUUUAAACUUAAUAUCAGAUGUAAAGCCUCCAGUGAAUAUCAUGCCUACAAGUAUGGCGACCAAUCUAAAUUUGGGAAACAUAACUAUGGCUAAUCUUAAUAUGAACUUACCGCAAGGUUUGGCAACGCAUAUGUCGAUGCACAAUCAAUUGGAGAAUAUGAUAAACACCACUUCAGCAUUAACUAAUAUACAAAAUUCGCAUAAUGCUACAAUGUCACAACAGCAUUCCAAUGGAUUUUCUAAUAUCAAACGUGAAAAUUCUCCGCCUAAUAUGUUAAAUAACAAUGGUAUACCUGGACUCAACAUAGGAAUGAAUAUGGGAGCAAUGAGUUCAAUUUUUGAUCCUCUGCCUAUCACUUCUAUGCCGAUGCAAAUAUCUCAAAUGCCUAUAAAGAAAGAAGAGAAACCAUUGCCCACCUCUCAACCGUCAAUGGCUCAAAAGCCUAUGGAUGACAUGAGUACACUAGGAAUACCACCAAUGGGAAAUCAUUCGAAUUCGCAACUCAUGCCUGAAAAGAAGAUGACGCCGCCUGAUUCAAAGAAUCCUGCUUCAAAUUUUGCUUCUGCUUUUAAAAAUAAGACUGUAGAACAAAAUGUGAAAAAUGCCUCAUCAUGGUCUUCUCUGGCUCAAGCAUCCAGUCCUCAAUCUACAGCAGGAAGCAGCAUGAAGAGUGCUGCUAGGGACUCAUUCCAAGCAUUUAAAAAGCAGGCCAAGGAAAAGCAAGAUAGACAAAGAGCUCUCUUGGAACAACAAGAAAUGCGUAGACAACAGAAGGAACAGGCGGAAAGAGAGCGUUUACGGCAGGAAAACGAAAGAAGAAGAGAAAGAGAGGAAGAAGACGCACUAGAUAAAGUUAGGAAAACUGUUGGCGACCAACAGGGGAAUGUACUGUCUGCUGCAUCGAGGGCAGAAGAGGUCAAGGCUAUUGUCGAUACUGAUAGCAGUAGUCCAAGUCAUUCAUCCAGUCAAGACAAGGCCGCGGCUGAAAGAGAACGUCAGAGGUUACGGGAGCAAGAGCGGCGGCGUCGUGAAGCGAUGGCUGGUCAGAUUGAUAUGAACAUGCAAAGUGAUUUGAUGGCCGCAUUUGAGGAAUCGUUAUAAUGUUAUUUGCUGCUCUUUAUGUACCCAAUGAACCCGGGCAGGAUUUGGAUGUGUGUUUGGCACUGGACGAUAAAGCAGAAAAAAAACGUAUUAAUAUAUACGUCAGUCAAUAAUGGAUUGAAACGAUAUAUAAUAAUAAUAAUUUAAAAAUGAAACCAGAAGAGGGCAAACAAUAAACUGAAGUAAGCGAAUCGGUGUGUAAUAGUAAACAAAAAUGGUGAUGCGGGUUGGGACAUUCCAACGGAGAAUCCUAAUUACAAUUGUCCGCGUGACACGGGCAACUCAAAGAGACAGUUUAUUAAAUGACGCAGUACUAAUUGUGUGUAACCGACGGACACCGGAGUGUGACCAUGUAAUUAGAUAAAAUACUUACACGACAUUUUGAGAAUGCUACACUGAUUAUUGUGUUACAUUUUUCCGGUUUUCAUAAGUUUGUACUUUAUGUAAAUUUGGAAACAAAAGAAAAAAUACUACAGAGAAGAUAAGUGCAAGGAAGGACGCGAACAAGGAAAAGAAUGCGUGUCAUAUAUGUAUGAGAGAUAGAGAGAGACAGGGAGAGGAAUUGAAUGUGAAAAAAUGAAUGAAUGAAUGAAUGCGUACUCGAUGAAUGAAUGUAGCGCGCGCGCGAAAAAGAGAAACUGUGUACAUGGGGAAGAGUGAAAGUUGUGUACAUUUAGUUAAGUUUUAUAUUUUUCCACAUUCAGUCAUUAAUCGUUGGUAGGAUUACAUAGACAGUGUUUUCGCUAAUAAUCCAUAUAAUUAUUAGCUACUAUUAUUAAUUUCAUUGCAGAUUUUGUUUUCUCGAUUAUGAAUAUACGCUAUUUGUAAUCAUGAAAUAGGUAGGCUUGUUAAGUCAAUAAUAUAGAAGAAAAUAUACCUAUUGCGAACAUACACAUUGGUGAAUUUAAUAUCAUAAUCGAUCAUCACGAUAGGCCGCGUAUGACUAUCAGUUAUCAGGCUUACGGAGUCAGAAAGGGCCAAUCGGUUGAUAUGAAUUUAAAGAUGCAAGGAAAAAAAAGGCGAAGAUUAUUUGUAAAACUCACCUUAGAACAAAGUCGUCAAUUAUUACGAGUAACGGUAAGGUGAUUAUAGAAUGAUUGUAGUUUUCGAUCCUACCAACUAUUAGAUCAAUUCAGACGUAUGUACCUAAACCCUGGUAUGCUUUAGUAUCGUGGAAUAGGAGAACGUGACAUAAUAUCGGUUCGUAAGUGGGAAACUGUCUAGAAAUGAAUUAUAUCUAUUUGUUCGACAAAGUAAGGUAUCACAAAAAAAUAAUAAUAAUGGAAAGGGAUUUCAAUAAGGCGUUAAUAAUGCAAAGAGGAAAAUUAUUUAAAAAACGAGUAUCAAGGCGUUGCGUACGUGCAACGGUCGAUUGAAAUUUUAUAAAGGAAAAGUAAUCAAAUCGUUCCGCGAAUAUGAAUGCCUUGAAUAAAAAAAUAUAAUCUUUGAUCAGGAAAAAGUACAAAAAACAAUAUUUAACCGCAAAGAGAAUUUGAUGGCUAAUUAAAGUUUGCAUAUAUUUCGUAAUACUACUACUAUUACUACUACUACCUAUUACUACUACUACUACUACUACUACUACUACUAUUACUCGCUAUUAUUACAUUGGGAUUCAUUUCGUUUUUUUUUUUUGUAAGGAAGUAAUUGAAUUCGUAGUAGUUGUGACAAUGAUGAUCGCGUAGACAGUGCGCAACUUUGCUGAUAAUGAGAGUUAUUAUGAGUUACAUUAUAAAUAAUAAUAUUGCUAUAUUAUUAUGAUUUUUAAAUUAUUUCGUUACGUGCAAUUUUACGUUUCUAAGAGCUUCUUCAAACCUGCAAAUAUCUUUUCUUCAUGGUAGCAGAACAAUAUUUUUGGAUCGAAGGAAUGUGCGACGCUGACACGAAAAUAGUUCGUGGUACUAAAAACGAAAUUUUACUUUCUCUUCAAUCAAAACGAAAGAUUUAUAUUGUACACGUGUCGCGAAAACACAUGUGAAAGUAGACCAAGUGCUUUGUAGCUUUGAAAGAAGAAACGCAAUCCGGUACAAACACACUAAUAAUCACGAUGUUAGAACCUUCAUUGAAACGAAUUAGUUUGACGAAAAAAGAAAAUUUACAAAGUGUGCGCGAUACUGAUCAUCGGUUGUAAAUGCAUAGCGUAUAAUUAUUUAUUCCGCGGUUUUUUCCCCAUAAUACAUGAUUUGUCCCAACUGUAUCAUGUCACUCAAAUUUUCAAAUGCUUUAAGAAAAGACCACGUUAUAUAGUGGACCAAUUUGGAUUUGUGGGCAGGGAAUCAUUUUGAGAAAUUAUUGUAUAUUUAUAGGAACCUCUGGUGAUGACAAAUUAAAAAUUUAUACAAAUGUAGUUACCUUCGUACGUGCAUUUGAACUUUAUCAGUUCAAUACUUUUCAACAUUAGGAACACUCUUAAAAUAAUAUCUUCAAAAUAAUAAUUUAUCUUUGUUCUAUGUUUAAAUUAAAAUCAAACACAUUUACAACAUUUUGCAAUAAUUAAUUUAUAAAAAUUCGUUUAGUCUCGUUCAAUGAUAAAGUUCAAAUCUAUGUAUGUACAUGGUGAAUGUACCAGGUAGUUAGUGUAUUACAAAUGGUAAUCGAUCGAUUUGCCAUAACGAGAUGUUUCUACAAAUAUAUAAACAUUACUGAUCACUUUAACUUCAACUGAAAGGGAAUAUUUUCACAGUAGAAACGAGAACAAGCUCUUUAAAAACCUAAAGAAUUCUGUUAACAAAUUGGACAUACCGCAUUCAAACGUCGAGCCCCUCGCCGAAAGAUCGCCGUGUGUAACGUUACAGUGUGUACAGAGAAAAUUGUUUCCUUGAAUCCGUGUUUAGAACCGAUACUGUCGCUUCGUAUAUUUGUUCAGGUUCCUUGAGCGCUUUCUCCGAACAUGUGUGGAGUUAAAGUAACGGGAAAGAUAUGUCAGCAUAAUGGCGAACAGGAGAGCGUAGGGUGCGUGUAUCGAAUACAAAAAAGAAAAAGAGGGAGAGAGAAAGCGAGAAAGCACGUUGUUAGUGUCCACGUAGCGUAAUGUAAUCAUGUGUGCGUGUGUAUGGUUCUAGUUUCUGUAGAAAUUGCAAUCGAGGAAGGAACUAGAAUUUCUAAGUGUGGAAAUCCAUCGAUCGAAGAAAACAAAGAAAAUGUUGCGAUGUCCGUGCGAUAUAUUCCACGAAGGGUUUAAACGCGUGUUUUAUUUACCACUGAUACAAAAUACUCCAGGAGGGAACAGGACGAUCGGACUACGGCGAAAGAUACACGACUGGACGAGUACGGGGAGACGAGGAUGAGCCCGUUCCACGCCGUUAUUUGCGACCCUGUUUUCGUUGUUGAGUGCAUCGGAGAUGAUCGGAAAAGACUUUCGUCGAUGACCAACAUCGAUUCCUUUCGUGGGAAUGAUCUUCGUUUCCACGUGUUGUGUGCGCUUUCAUAUCAGUACGGCCUCACACUCGGUGAUCGUCGAUACUAAUUCUAGCAAUACACUAGACUAAUCGUCUAUGUCUUUUUAAUUUAAUACACCGGCACGGGACCGGACGGACCGGGUUCCCUCGGUGUUCGUUAAUCAAAAUUCAAGAUUUUUGACGAAUCUUGGUUCUCUGAACCUUUAGCAAUCUAUUUGCCGCGAAUGUCAGUGCUUGCGGUUUAGUAUGUACAAUGAUUUAGUCAUGUGUAUGUUAAUUGUUGUUGUAUGCACUUAAUGUGGUAGAACAAUUUCUCUCGAGAAAGCGGGAAAUAAGUGCCGCCGAUGCCCAACGAAAAAAGGAAGCACGAAGUACGAUCGAUCGUGCUCCUUCCUUUGUUCUUUGUAUGAUCGGCGAGCGUGUUCUUUCGGUGUGAAGCGCGGUGUUUCGAGGGCUAAUGAGUUUUCUAUUGUCUCGGAUCGGACGAGUUUAUUGAUCGUGCCGGUAGCCGAACGAGGUAAUUGGGACCGUGCUCGACCAACGCGUGUAUCGCGUUUGAUUACAAAUCCGAUAUAUCUGAUAUUCGAAUGCGGUACACGGUCAUUAGAGGUGGGCGGGUACCCGAGAUUUCGGGUUAAAAUCGGGUUGGGCAUUUUCUUCGGGACAUAACCCGGAAAGUUCGAGUACCCGAAUUUGAAAUCGUGCACCGAGAAUUUUCGUGUUCCCGAAAGUUUUCGGGUCCCGAUAUGACUUUGAGUACCCGAAAGUUUCGGGCCCCGACCCGACCCGACCCGACCCGACUAAUGGCAAACCUGAUCCGAGGCUCGGGUACACAAAAUUUCGGGAACCUGUUUACCCCUAUUUAUUAUAGAACGUCCAUCUAUGGCACGAUAGAUCGACACGAUUGUAUUCAAGACUCGUGAAGAGUGUCGAAUGUGUUUUAGGAACAUAAUUUUACGAUUGAUUUUUUCUGUAUUAGCGCGUAAUGUAGCGAACCGAUCUUUCACAGGAAAGAAACAGCGAAUUGUCUGCCAGCGAUGGCGAUUUCUUUUUUGUGCAAGAUCGACGCGUAUUUAACUGUAUUCUCUGUCGACUAUUCUUUAGCGAUUUCAUUCUUCGUAUCUUGAGUGUAGUCGGGGGACUGAUCAAUUCACCCCCUGCCGGUUCGCGACGGGUGUUCAGGGAUUUCGUGCUACAAAUGCUUGUCUUCUGAUCAUCGUGAUUUUCUUUUUCUUUUGUGCAGUAUCGUUAGAACGACCAAUCGUAAGUGUCUUCGAACCUUUCAAAGAAUUCCUCCAGAUGCAAAGGAUAUUAACGGCGCCGCAUUGAUGUAUAACAAGCUCAAUCGUGACACGAAUUCUAAAAUUAAAGAAAAAAGAAAGAAAAUAUUGAAAAAAAUGGGUUCAACAGAGAGAGAGAGAGAGAGAGCGAGUCCGAUGGUGAGAAAGAGAAAGAAUAUAUAAUGGAAAAUGAAGUGUGAACGUGAGAAUGAGAGGGAGAGAGAGAGAGAGAGAGAGAGAGAGAGAGAGAGAGAGAGAGAGAGAGUAGAGAGAGAUACGAGAAUGCAUGUGUUUUAGGUAUUAUGAUUGUAUAAUACGUGGUUUGUAAUUGUAUAUACGAGAAGAAAUCAUUGGCAGCAAUUUAAACAGAAUACAGAAUAUCUAUGUAUAAAAAAAGUAAUAAGUACUAAUACACCUCUAUAUAUGUGAUAAGGUUUGUAAUAUUUAAGGGAGGCCGAUAGAUUGUAUAACCUACUAGAUCUCAGUGUAAGUUACUAGGUAAAGACCUAAAAUAAUUCGUAAGUAAUACCAAAAUCACUCCGCUGUAUCAAAAAAUAAUUUUUUAUAUAAGUUCCCACGGACGCACACCAUCUCCAACGGCACAUGAGUUUUAGUAGACUUAUUACGAUUAACGAUAGAGAGACAUUAAGCUGGUUGUACAUAAAUAAUAUUGAAAUGAAGAAUAAAUGGCUAAAAAAUAAAGAAACGCUUGAUGUUGUUAAGUAAGAGAGAACCGUUUACUGGGCCAACGUUCGUUCGCACGUUUAUCCUUGAUUUCCACUGCACCAUUACUCGUUCAAACGAAACCUUACAUUUUAUCCUGUGUUUUGUCUGAUCCACGUUGUUGAAAAGAAAAUCUAUUCAAAGAGAAAAGAAGAAAGAAAUGAUUACAGUACAUUGCACAUAAGUUUUCUACGUAAAUACAUCUCGUAUACGUAAAGUACAUUUUAAGUAUUAUAUAAUAUAUUUUUUAAAGAAACGUUCUUCGUCGCGAGAUAAAAUUUAAAUUUAUACGUUCUAAAGGAGUCCUGAAUGAAUAUUCAAUUGUUUUCCAUUCGAUAAUUGCUCGCUUAAAGUGCAUAGAAUGCCACACGCAUCUAUGUUCCAUUAAAAUCUCAGUUUACUUAACAAUGUCAAAUUGGUUAGUACAUACACUAUUUGUACUACUAAUUCCUAAAGUAACGUUUAAGAAAAAACAAAUGUUUAUUACAUGUUCGAAUUAAAAGUUACGAGAUAAAUGUGAAUACAGGAGUUACAGCAGGUUAUUAAUUGUACGUACAUACAGGAUUACCUUCCUUAGUUUGUAAUUUUGCAUGUUAUAUAUAUAUAAAUAUAUAUAAAGAUAUAAAUACAAAUAUAUAUGUAUAAAUAUAUAUAUAAAUAAAUUAGGGAAAAAGAGACAGAGAGAAUGAGAGUGAGAGAAAGACAGACAGUGUAUGUGGAGUAGAGUGAGAGUAUUACAUAGUCAUUUAUAGAAGAGAUACUAACUAAAAUAUUAUUGUCUCAUAUUUGACGUUUUCUCUUAUGUUGCGGAUCUAUUAGACAGAAUAAGAAUGAUCAUUGUGUAUACUAUUAAUGCAGAUAAAAACGAUGCAUAUUACACGUUAUUAUAAUAUCUACGACUAUACUAAUUAUUUUAAGGUUUAAUUAUUAAUAACUAAUUGAAAGUAA